AGUCGCACGCAAAUCUCGAACAGAGAUUUAAACCGCUUUGUGGCAGUUAUUUGAAAGGUCCUUAAGAUUCCCGCUAAGAGCAAAGGUGAUCUCAUUGCUUAUCAAUUUCACCAAAAAAGAGCUUAAAAUAAAAAUACAAAAAAAGUCCAUUCGCCAGGCCAUCAAUGCUUUAUGGACGAGUGAACCCGCAAUCAAUGCUGUUUCUAACUGAACCUUAACAAGAAAAAAAGAAGAAAUUCUUCGUUUUUGGGCUACGUGAUGAUGCUCCACUGAGGUAGGAUAUCCACAAAUCUUUGGAUGCCAUUGGCAAAACGAUUUACGUCUCACGUUACCCACCCAUCCAGAAAAUACGUGGCGAAUCUUGCCAUCAUCGGCACUCGUUUGAACUUUCUACACACUUUGGUUUGGUGUCCAUUGGAACUCUUGACUUGCUGACGACGAAAAUCACAGCAGCAGCAACAACAACAGCAACAGAAAUCCAUAAUUUUCAAGUAAUUUCGCUGCUUUCGUUUUAUGUUGCCGGACUGGCUGGCCGAAGGUUUCGUGGCAGCCACCAUCCAUCAUCGUCACCACCAGACCAGCACACACAGAGACCCACACACAGCCAGCCACAACGUUCUCUUGAGGCAGGCAACGCUGUCGUCGUUGUCGGUCGGUCAUAUCAGCCAACAAAACGGCCAGAGUCAGUUGUCGGCUUUUUGGUUUGAAUCGAUUCGAUCAGUUUGCAAUUUGCUGUGAUUCGUGUAUGUUUUAUGAUUCGGAAAGAAUUCGCGCGCGCCACUCUUGAAAAAAUAUUUUCAUUUCAAAUCCAUUUCGAAAAUUCAAUUUCUUGAAUGAAAACGUGUAAAACUCAAAAUCAUUUUUAAGAAAUAAAUAAAAAAAAAAACACAAUUUUUAAAAAUAAAAAAUACGAUUUUAAAACAUUUAAAUUUUUUGUUUAAUCACUCGAAGAGUGUUAAAGAAAAGAAGAAAAAAAAAGAAACCAACAAAAAGUAUUUACCCAGAGAUUAAGUGUCGCAUUGUAAAAAGUGUUCGCUGUGCUCAAUUAUCGUGGUGUUUGACCCAUUUUUUGGAAUAAAAUUUUCCUCUGAAAAAUUAAGAAGAAGAGCGGCGAAACCUUUUGGAUUAUCUCUUGAUUUCGAAUUUGGAUUACUGUGUUACCACAAAGAGGCAUAAACAUGAAGCUGUUUCCCCUAUUCUUGGCCAUGGCCAUCUUCGUCAUUUCUUUCGUGAACUCAGCUCCAGCACCUGGAGACACGGAAUGUGAAUUCAAUUGUGAUCUGCAGGACUAUAAGCCAGUGUGUGGCACAGAUGAUAGCGGUGAUACCAAAACCUUCAACAACAUGUGCAUAAUCAAGACAGAGAAUUGUUUGCGAAAGACCUCAUACCAGAAAACCGGCGACGGAGAUUGUCCAUAAAAA